UGAACUAUCUUUUAGCGGGCGGCUAGCAGGAGCGCACUUUGACGUAAUGGGAGGGGUCGCCAGGCAGGGUUGAGCUGGAGCAAUCAGAAGAGGCGAGGGGCUGGUUUGCUGUUGUCACGCCCCACCCUCAGAUCCAGCCGGAGGAAAGUUUUCGCUGGCAAAAGGGAGAGCAGCGAACAUGGCAGCGCGGCGGUGGUUUUGCUUCCUCUCUGCGACCAUGGCGGUGGCGCUGCUGCUCAUUUACGAGGUUCCUCUGGCCUCUGCUCAAAGAAAGAAGGAGAUGGUGUUAUCUGAAAAGGUUAGCCAGCUGAUGGAAUGGACUAAUAAAAGACCAGUAAUAAGAAUGAAUGGAGAUAAGUUUCGUCGUCUGGUUAAAGCUCCACCAAGAAAUUACUCGGUUAUUGUCAUGUUCACUGCUCUCCAAGUUCAUAGACAGUGUGUCGUUUGCAAGCAAGCUGAUGAGGAAUUCCAGAUCCUGGCAAACUCUUGGCGAUAUUCCAGUGCAUUUACCAACAGGAUAUUUUUUGCCAUGGUGGAUUUUGAUGAAGGCUCUGAUGUAUUUCAAAUGCUAAACAUGAAUUCUGCUCCAACUUUCAUCAACUUUCCUGCAAAAGGGAAACCCAAACGCGGUGACACAUAUGAGUUGCAGGUGCGUGGCUUUUCAGCUGAGCAGAUUGCCCGGUGGAUCGCAGACAGAACUGAUGUCAAUAUUAGAGUAAUUAGACCUCCAAAUUACGCUGGUCCCCUUAUGUUGGGAUUGCUUUUGGCUGUUAUUGGUGGACUUGUGUAUCUUCGAAGAAGCAAUAUGGAAUUUCUCUUUAAUAAAACCGGAUGGGCUUUUGCAGCUUUGUGUUUUGUGCUUGCUAUGACAUCUGGUCAAAUGUGGAACCACAUAAGAGGACCACCAUAUGCCCAUAAGAACCCCCACACAGGACAUGUGAAUUACAUCCAUGGAAGCAGCCAAGCCCAGUUUGUGGCUGAAACACACAUUGUUCUUCUCUUCAAUGGUGGCGUUACCUUAGGGAUGGUGCUUUUAUGUGAAGCUGCUACCUCUGACAUGGAUAUUGGAAAGCGAAAGAUAAUGUGUAUAGCUGGUAUUGCAUUGGUUGUGUUAUUCUUCAGUUGGAUGCUCUCUAUUUUCAGAUCUAAAUAUCAUGGGUAUCCAUACAGCUUUCUGAUGAGUUAAAAGGAUCCCAGAGAUACGUAGACACUGCAGUAAUGGAAACAAAAAGGAGAAACGUGUGUUGAAAAGAAUACAACUUUGUAUUUUGUAUUACCUCUUUUUAUUUUCAAGUGAUUUAAAUAGUUAAUCAUUUAACCAAAGAAGUGUAGUGCCUUAACAAGAAAUUUCCUGUCAAAAUAAUGAAGUAUUUGGAAAUUAUUGUCCUUUUUACCUUGUCUUCCUGUUGUACUUUAUGGAACAUUUAAUUUAGUAGAAUAAAGUAUAUUAUUAAAAUUUUCUUCUCAAACUACUACUUGGUAUUAAUUAGAACAAAGCUCAAAACUGCGUUUGCUGAGUUUUGGUCAUCUGAUUCUGUAUUGUCUUAUUCAACGAUGGGAAAAGAAACCCCUGAGCAGGUGUUCUGGUGUACACCUGCUACAGGUACCUGCAUCAGGAAUUCAUUCUUGGCUCUUCCAUCUUGGCAGAGAUGUGCGCACUUGGUGCAUCUCGCCUUUGAGGCAGAUAAGUCACAUGUGCUAUGUGCGUUCCCGGCAACAGAACAUCACUCUUCAGAGCGUGUGUCUGGAUCAGAAAGACUGUUCAGCCCUCCUCCUGCAUCUUUCCUACUAAAACAGUUCUGUCUCCGUGCUUCCUGGUAACUACAGACAUUACAGAGUAUCUCAAAAUACACAGACUUUGCGUAAGUGUGGCGUUACCUGCCUUGUAUUUGGGAAGAGUUCAGGUUCACUUCAUGUUCUUAGAUGGUUUUUAUUUAAGGUAGUCCACACCUAAUAAAUACAUAUACAGCUUAGUGCUAAAAGCAGUAACUCAGAAUGGUCUGUUUCUGACAAUUACAGAAAGUGUCACUUACUUGAUUAUAUAUAUAUAUAUAUAAAACCCUGGUUGUGUUUAGGAAAAGGACUCCCGUAGAAUAGGAAAAGAAAAACAUUAAAUACUAUGUUGUUGUCUCUGUGUAGGAAUUGUUUCUUGAAGAGUCUUCUGUUUUUGUGCUAUUAUUUCAGCCUCUAUUAUCCUUCUCCAAUCAGAGAAACAAAGUAAACAUUUGAAGAAGUUUGAUUGGAAAAUCACCCUUAUGUGGAAAUAACUGUAUGUACUAACCGGCUUUCUGUGAUCAAUGUCUUCAUGGUUAUGAUUACACCUAACUAUAAUCUCCCUGUAGUUAUGAAAAGUAACCCAAAAUGCUACUGUUAUGGAAAUAGGAGAAUUGCAAUUGUUAAUAAAAAAAAAAGUAGGGAAAUCUUUGUAGUGUUAUUAAAAAAAAAAGACUGCGGCUGUCCCCCACUGUUUUCCAUCUAACAUCCCUCUCACGUGAUAAGAAGUUUCAGAAGGAGGUAGAUACAGCUGUCAUGGAGAACAGUGUGCGGUGUGGGUUUUUGUUUUAUAUCUUUGUUAGUAGAUUGGGGUGGGGCUAGAUGUAGAUGACUUUUCUACUGUUUAACUGAGCCACUUUUUGUUCAUUAAUCAAUCACCUGUAGACUGUGUGAUGCUGCAUCCCUCAUCUGCUGUUCUUGUAUUUGUCACAGGCCAAAUGUGUGCUGUGACUCUUAGAAGCUUUGAAUGGAGAUGCCCUGAUUUGUAUGGAUGCGUCAGGGGAAUACUACUGCCACAUAAUCUCUGUUGCUCCACAUAAUUGGACAAGAGCAUUAAAAGAAUCACAGCCUUUCAUGUUUGUCUCACUGUCUGAGCACAUUCUACAAUAAGAAAGGGAGCACUCUGGCUAAACUUUGUGCAGGACAGAUUUAUUACACUUCAAAUAUUGCUACUUUUGGGGAAAUUUUUAAAUUAGCUUUCAUCUGAAGUGCCUUAAGUAGACUCAAUUUACUUUUCUAGUGAUGGUUUAAAUAUUAUUUGUCAUACGUUUUUAAGAUGCUAUUCAGAAUGUAGUGGUGGCAAAGAUAACCAGAUGUCUGCUUGUUUGCUUUUUGACCAUACCAAUAAACUUUUACAAUCUA